CCUGAAAUGCUAAUUGUGUCUUUCAGGUUCUAUUAGAAGUCACAGCGAUACCUUUUGUGGAAUGCGAAGCACCAGAAUAGACUGGUUUGUGGUAGAAACUAAUAAACUCCUAAUCAGACUGGAAAAAUUACUUAGUUACGAGAGUUCAGUUAUGGAUCCUAUGAAGAAAAAUAUGUUUGAAAAGUUGGAGAAACUUCUAGACAGUCAAAGUCUAGACCCUACCAACAAACGAAAAGCAUUUGAGAAAAGUAUUGUUCCAUGGGCACCUGAUGAAGAUGUCAAAUAUUGCCCAACAUGUGGAGACAAAUUUUCAUUGGCUAAGAGGAAACACCAUUGUCGUUUAUGUGGAAGUAUCAUGUGUGGGAGAUGCUCUGAUUAUUUAUCAUACACCAGGGCUA